AUGAUUGAUGGAUUGUUGGGACUGCAAUCUGAUGAUGCGCAUAAGAGAGCUAGGCAGAUAUUGCAAGAACGCUUUGGUGAUCCAUACAAGAUUAAUCAGGCAUACAAUGAAAGGCUUAAGUCAUGGCCAGUAUGCAGCAAAGCUUCCGAACUUCAGGAAUUCAACGACUUUCUAGCAACAGUGAAAGAAACUAUGAAAACAGUGAAACACCUCAAGGACUUUGACACCUUUUCUGCUAUUCAAGACCUGGUAGUAAGACUUCCACCUUAUUGCAGCAAGAAGUGGUUACAAAGUGCGAAAGCGGUUGAGCUUGGUAAGGGAAAGUAUGAUUUUAACGACCUAGUUGACUUUGUGCAAAAGGCAGCAAAGGAUGCAACUCAUCCAGUGUUCUCGCAUGAAGUUCUGUUAUCUAAGAGAAAGGAGUUGUUGAAAGACAAGAAGCAAGAAGAUAAGAAUAGUUAUCACAAGAGAAAGUUUGGCUCAUUCAACACAAGUAAGUACAAUGAAAGCUCUAGUCAUAGCGAUAAGAACACAAAUGAACUGAUGCGCCCUGCGCGUAGAAAGCCCCACAAAUUGGAGAACUGUGACAUAUUCCUCAAGACGUCUGUAAAUGAACGAUCAGAAUUAGCUAAGUCGGAAGGGCUUUGCUUCCUGUGUUUAUGUCAUGGUCAUAUGGCCAGGAGUUGCAGGGAUCCAUUAGAUGCCUGACAUGUAAGAAACCCCAUGCAACACUUCUCCAUUUUGAAUCCAAGGAGUCUAAGAAUGGGAAUAAGAAAGAGAACGAAGAGUCUAGCAAAGAAAAGCCUAAAGUAGCUAAUCGUGUCGUAGUGUGUCAUAGCAAUGAUUGCAAUGAAGUAAUAACAUCGUCUUUGAUACUUCCGGUAUGGAUAUGUCACAAGGACAAUCCUGAGAAGAAAAUCAUGACAUAUGCUGUUUUAGAUGAUCAAAGUGACACAUGCUUUGUAACGGACAGCGUUUGUGAUCAGUUAGAAAUUGAAGGACCUGAGACUGUGAUUGAGUUAGGAACAAUGCAUGUAGUAGAAGAUAUCAGAACCCAGAAGAUUCGCGGUCUUAUUGUUUCAUCGGAAGAUAAGUCAGUUGAUGUACCCUUACCAAAGGCUUAUUCCCGAGGAAAUAUUCCAGCACGUCGAGAUCAGAUCCCUAGAGUAGAAAUGGCGAUCAAUUGGAGUCAUUUGAGUCAAAUUGCCAAUGAAAUAACAGAAUAUCGUGAUGAUCUUGGUAUUGGUCUCCUAAUUGUAAACAAUUGUGUCGAAGCUAUCAGACCACGUGACGUUAUUCCCGGGAAACCUCAAGACCCGUAUUCUAUUAGAACUGUAUUCGGUUGGGGCUUAAUUGGAGUAACAAACCCUGUUGACCACCGCAAAUGCCAGUAAGACGGAACUAGAAUGCAUUGCCAUCGAGUUACAACCAAAGAUAUCACAACCCAGAGUACCGGUUCAACCUUUGUAGAGAAAACCCAAGUAAACGAAGUAUUGAAUCCUCACGAAGUGUUAAAGAUGUUUGAACAUGACUUUUCGGAAAGGAAGAAAGAGAAACCAAUGUCGUUAGAAGAUCGAAAGUUCCUGAAUAUAACGAAAAGAGAGAUUCAGGUUACUGACGAUGGACAAUAUGAGUUGCCACUUCUGUUUCGAAACGACAAAGUUGAAUUACCGUCCAACAGAAAGCUUGCUGAAUCAAGGUUAGAUGGCCUUAAAGCAAAGUUCUCCAAGGAUGUCAAAUACAAAAGAGAUUAUAUGAAAUUUAUGGAUGAUAUGAUGAAGAAAGGCUACGCUGAGAAAGCUCCACAGACUGAUGGAAAACCGUGGUAUAUACCUCAUCAUGGAGUGUACCAUCCACACAAACCCAAUAAGAUCAGGGUCGUAUUUGACUGCUCAGCCGAAUAUGAAGGUAAAUAAUUAAAUCAACAUCUUUUACAAGGACCUGACCUAACGAACUCGCUCACUGGUGUACUUUGUCGAUUCCGCAAAGAAAAAGUAGCGUUUACGUGUGUCAUCGAAUCCAUGUUCUGUCAGGUACGUGUGAAUGAAGAGCAUCGCGAUUACUUGAGAUUCUUGUGGUGGCCGGACGGAGAUACAUCGAAGGAGCCUGAAGACUACAGAAUGCGAGUCUACCUAUUUGGAGCAACGUCAUCAGCCGGAUGUUCCAAUCGAGCGUUGAAAACCACGGCCAAAGCUGGUGAAGAAGAGUUUGGAACAGAUGCCACCUCAUUUGUCGAAAACAGAUUUUAUGUUGAUGAUGGGUUAAAGUCCGUUGAAAGGUAGAGCAAGCGACUAAGUUGAUAAAAAACAGCAUUGAAAUGUGCCAGAAAGGCGGAUUUUGUCUACACAAGUUUACUGCAAACAAGUGAGAAGUGAUCGAGUCCAUUCCCGUUGACUACAGUGCUAUCGAAGUCAAAGAACUCGAUCUGAGUCACGAUAUACUUCCGAGCGAACGAGUGCUAAGAAUGGAGUGGUGCAUCGAAAGUGAUUCUUUUCGGUUUCGCAUAAUCUUAAAGGACAGACCACUUACAAGACGCGGGGUUUUGGCAACUUUGAUAGCUAGUUAGACUGUCAUGGCGGAUAGACUUGCGAUGGAUAGCUCAAUAAUUAUUGAGGAUUAUUUCACAUUUCCUCAGAGUUAACAUAAAGAAAAUUCCUUAAUAACAUCGACACCGUCUAAGAUAACUAAUCUUAUAAACACAGGCAAUGAAUUUGCCUGGAAAGACUCUAUAGAAAGCUUAAAAAUCUUUGUACAAACCGACCUAAAUCUUUAAGGCAAGUGGACUUCCCCUGGUGGGGAAGUAAAUUAAAGUUCUUUACUAGCAAGAAUUAUGUAAUAAAAUGGUAUGGAAGAAAUAAGAGGAUCGUGCUUGUUAAAGAUAACAAGGAACAAAGUCUCGUCGAGAAAUUUAAAACUUUAGCCACAUUGAUCGAAGGCGAAUUCAAAGGACAUAGCGACGAGCAACACGCGGAAGCCGAAGAUACAUUUGGUAUGGACAAAACGGGUGAGAAUAUACCGACUAAAAAGACAUCUAUACCUACACAUGCCACAGAAUACCGGGAAGACGUAGAUAAUUCAGAAAUCGAGAUGAAAUCGACUAAAUACGGUUGCGAUUCUGGUAAAAUUAUAAAUUCACAAUGCCACUGCAGUGAGUUAGCAGUUCAAUUCAAGCGUAUCGAAGGUGACUUAAAACUAUUGAAAAAUCGAAUUGAAGUUCGCGAAGCUGACGAAACUGCUUUGGUAUGUAGGACUGAUCAUUCGAAGCGAAAAGAGUUAUCUAAAAAGUGAGUUAGAAGUGGCCAAUUCUAAAAUAAUAGAUCUCCAAGCGAAAAUCAAACAUCUCGAAAAUGAAAAAUCUAGCUUGACAACGGCAAUAAGAAUAAUACAGGAAGACAACUCUCUGCGGUCAAACGUAAACAAUACUGAGGAUGAUCAAGGGGGAAACCAGUGGGUCGAAUUAAAUAAAAAGAAAAAGAAACGUAAACGCGAUCAGACUCAGAAACUACAAGAAAUACCAACAAUUACUACGCAUGAAAAUUGUCCUCUCGAGACAACCUGUGCUGAUGAGUCAAAUGCUACUGUUCAAAAAAAUGUAAUCAUCUCGAGCAGGCAAGGGAGAAAAGAUGGAUAUCCGAACACUCAAGGAAAUCAUCAAAAUCCUGUUAAA